AUACAGGAGAUGCCUGGUGAUGGGGUCGGAGGCAGGACCUUAAUGGAUGCCAAGGGGAUAUAUUUUAGUCCUGUUCAAGAUUCAUUCCUUUGGGGCCUGGGAGCAGUAGUCCUUGGAUCUGAAUCCUUCAGUAAGCAGGAUUUCUAGGGUUUCCUUCUGUUGUUAUUUUUUUUUUCCUUCUGUUUUUUUCCUGGAAAACUUUGAUGUAUCAGAUCUAAUGACCUCAGCCCUUGGUAUCUUUGUACCAUUAUGGGUAAAUUUCAUCUCCCAACCCUACCCCCAUUCACUGAAACGUGGCAGAGAGGUAUCGUGAGACAGAAAAAAGGCGAUAAAAUAAAAAAUCAGGGACAGGGGUGAGGGGAAGACGGGUUAGGAGAAUAAGGAUCAGGGCCAGAGGCCAGGUGUGAUUGACUCUGUACUUUUUUGAGUUAAUGUGUAAUGAAUGAGAUGGGGGAGAAAACACUAGAACCAGAAUGACCUUCCUGAGUGCAGAUGAGCAAGCACAGCCCACCCCCAAUAAAACAAAUUCAGAAAGCAGCUGCUGCUCACCCCCCCCUCCCCCCACCCCCAUCAUUGGAGUGCUCUGGCAGGAUAAAGGUUGAAGGUCUCUGGGCAUUCGAUCCCCUUAUCAGUUCCAGGCAGUGGUCAGUCAAUAUGAGUCAGCAGGGGCCAUAACAUCCCUCCGACCAAGGCCCUGGCCCUUGUCCCUGUCCUGAUUAUGAGGGAGGACAGAGAUGCAUUCCCCAGGCCCAAGGCAUUUGGGUGAAAUCAGCUAAAUAGAUAUCACAAGUAUUUGUAUCUUUCAUCCUUUGACCUCUUCCUAAGAGAUGGGAGUGGUGAUGUGAGAGCUAGCAGGGGAGGCGACCAGAGCCUACGAAAUUUUAUUCUAUCUUCAACUAUUCCCCUGUGGAGCACUUAGUGCUUGAAAGAGCGCUCCACUGAUUUGUCCCUGGCUUUGGAGCGGAGCGCAUUUGAGGGCAGGAGCCUAUACUUCUCGAUUUUAUUUGCCAACUCUGCCUAGGGAACCUUUUCACUUUCUUUCUUUCCUAGGGAACCAGGGAAGGAACGAUCAACUUCAGAGGUCAGGUGUUUCAGGGACUACUGCUGGAACUCAGGUUGCAGUCCCUGCUCCUCUACCCCAAACUGUCACACCCAUUCCCCUUCUACACAGCGGACAAGAGGGUGAACUUUAAAAGGUUUGGACCUCCAGGAGGGAGGGUGAGUCCCUUUUCCUACGGAGAGCUGUACCUAUGAGUGGAAUCCAUUUGAGGGUGUCCUGUGUACUGUGAAGGACUGCGAAGAGCAGUCCCCACGGGUUCGCAUGGGUCUGGGUGGGGGCGGGGCCCCUAGGAGAGGUCUGAAUCAGUGUUCGAAAGAAGUAUUCAGUCUUCCCUGGGCCACCUUUCACAGCCUAUAUGUCUCCAGGCUACACAGUGGAGGGAACUUCAGUGACUCAGGCCCCAAGACGCUCCCUCUAGUGUCUUGCUCAUUAAAAGGUUUUCCCCGACCUUGGAGAGGCAGGGCAAUUUAACGCCAUCUAUUUCAGUAGAUCUAAGGACCUAACCAAUCAAGUACAGCCUGUCCCCGCAGUGCCGGGGUUGGAGCUCUCUGGACGUAAGGUCGGCCACUCUUUUGCGUUCUCCUCUUCUAUUGGCCAAUGCUCGGCAGCCAAGCAGCCUUUUCUUUUUCUUUUUCUUUUUUAAAAAUCCAUUGGGCGGAGCCCAAUCAAGGAGGGUUGGGUCUCUGAAAUCUCUUUUGUCGCCCGGUUCCAAGAUGGCGUCCGUGACCACGCUGGGGUUGCAGCGUGAAGCCGCAGUUGUGCCAUCACUCAAGAUGGCUGCCCCCAUCAAGAUGACCGGGGUGUGCCUGGGGGAAAGGGGCAGCAUGAUGGUCUGAGAAGGUAAGGGUUAUUGCCUCAUUGCAAGCCUCGCCAUAGGGCCUAGGGAUGAAGAGUAGAAGGACUAGGAAGCUGGGUAAAGUCUGUGGUGGAGACUAGGAUUAGAGGGUGGGGGAGGUUACGAGGGUGACAGCGGGAUUAAAGAUGAAAUGGGAGUGUGCCUGGGGUUCAAGCCCCCCACCGGUGCCCUCCCCCCUACUUUUCCCGUUCCAGGUCUAGCGUCGGACUAUGUGGAAGUUUCUGGGGCUGGGGAGCCGGAUAAUGGGGAGUGGGGCCCGUGUAGGGUAGAGGGAGCAACAGCGUCCUUUCCCAGGCGAACCCCGGCCCCUCCCUGACCUCUCUGCUGAAAUGGGGAACACACUGGGCCUGGCACCUAUGGGGGCUUUGCCCCGCCGGAGCCCCCGUCGAGAGGAGCCUCUCCCCAACCCUGGGAGCUUUGAUGAGCUGCACCGCCUAUGCAAAGAUGUGUUCCCAGCACAGAUGGAGGGAGUGAAGCUCGUUGUCAACAAGGUUCUGAGCAGCCAUUUCCAGGUGGCUCACACUGUGCACAUGAGCGCUCUGGGUUUGCCCGGCUAUCAUCUUCAUGCGGCCUAUGCAGGGGACUGGCAACUUAGUCCCACUGAGGUGUUCCCCACUGUGGUGGGAGAUAUGGACAGCAGUGGCAGCCUCAACGCCCAGGUCCUGCUCCUCUUGGCAGAGCGGCUCCGAGCCAAGGCUGUCUUUCAGACGCAGCAGGCCAAGUUCCUGACCUGGCAGUUUGAUGGCGAGUAUCGGGGAGAUGACUACACAGCCACUCUGACCCUAGGAAAUCCGGACCUGAUUGGGGAAUCAGUGAUCAUGGUCGCUCACUUCCUGCAGAGCCUCACUCAUCGACUGGUGCUGGGAGGAGAGCUAGUUUAUCACCGGCGGCCAGGCGAAGAGGGGGCCAUCCUGACACUGGCUGGGAAGUACUCGGCCGUACACUGGGUAGCUACGUUGAAUGUGGGAUCAGGUGGGGCCCAUGCAAGUUAUUACCACAGGGCAAAUGAACAGGUUCAGGUUGGAGUGGAGUUUGAAGCAAACACAAGGCUACAAGACACAACCUUCUCCUUUGGUUACCACCUGACUCUGCCCCAGGCCAACAUGGUAUUUAGAGGCUUGGUGGAUAGUAACUGGUGUGUGGGUGCUGUGCUGGAGAAGAAGAUGCCCCCCCUGCCUGUCACCCUUGCCCUCGGAGCCUUCCUUAAUCACUGGCGCAACAGAUUCCACUGUGGCUUUAGCAUCACUGUGGGCUGAGGUCACCCCAGAGCCAGCCCACACAACAGUUGGAGCCUCCGAGUCAGGUGUCCUGGGGCCAGAGCCCUCCAGAGCCCACCUUGCUGGGUGACCUCUGGGUCCCAAGAGCAGAGUGGGGACAGGCCCACACCCUCCUCAGAACUGAAGCUGCCGCAGGGGCAGCUGCUGAGGCAGUGGUUUGAGUCUCCCACCUCUGCCAUCAGUCCAGUAUCAUUUUCCCAUGCUCCUAUGGCUCCGGACUAGGGGAGGAGAAUUAAGGGGUGUAUCUGGCUGAAUUUUCUCUCCUCACUCCCACCUCCUCUAUUUCUCUGUGGAUUAAAGCUCCUAGCCUCUUUCUCUUCAGAGCAGAAAAAUCUGCAUGGGAUUCACUCCCCAUCCUGUGUUCCAUCCCAGAGUUUCCCAAACUGGGAAAAGAAGGACUGAAGGGCUAAAUCUUUGACCUCAGAAAGUGGGGCCCACCUAUUCCCAGAAGGAGCUUCUUUACCUCUUAGCCCUGAGGCUUCCUCCUUCCCCAUCUUCUGUGCUUCCAGAGAACAACUUUGUCCCCACAGCACCCCUCACUCUCCCUAUUACUGCAUGAAGAGGCAGUUACUGCUUUAAUCUGUCUUUGCAACCAGUGGGCUCCCUGUUUACUGUCUGCAAUCUCUGGCCCCAGGAUUCUCCCCUUUCCAGUCCAACGUGUCCAGGUGGGGCUGGGAAAGGAGGUAGAUUGGGCCUCAGCUGCAGAUCUCCUGGAGCAGUGGCAUCAUGGUGGACAGUCCCUGGAUGUUCUGGAUUUGGUACCAAAAUGCAUCGUGAAUGCUUCGGAGAUCAGCCAACAGGCCCAGCAGCUUCGCAUAUAGAAACCUUUGUGGUCACCAGGGAAAGAGGAGAGAAAUAAGGCAGCUAAGAGUCUUGUCCUGAGGCCCUGACUCCCUGAAUUGCCUCUCAGUGAAGCUAGGUCUGAACACCAAGUUCCAAGGGGGCCUCUUUGUGACACUGAUUGCUCUCACCAUGCUGUUUUUCUUGAGCCAGAGGGCCAAGUGAGAAGAAACCCCUGCCUUGGCCAGACCUUCAACUGUGUGGAUCUGGCCUUGUAGAGCAGGUUCUAGAAGGUGGGUAUGUUCUUUGGUAUGAUAACGCACCCCUCUUCUGAUCAAACUGGCACAUUCAGGAAUAAGCAACACAGAAGUGGUGUGUGCCCCAGAGCCUGGUUAGCUCAUGGACUGUGGAACCAGGGACUGGCUUUGACCAUGAAACUGAAUGACCAUAACUUCAAGGGGAAUGGAAAAUUAAAGGAAUUGGACCAAUGGAGAGGAGGGGAAGGGCCGAGAGAGUGAACAAGACUCUUGAUAAGGUUGCUUUAGUCUGGAGAGGUUAGCUUGGUGAGGUGAUAGAUGUCAUCAAUCUCAGGAAUGCUAUUACACAGAGCCUGUGAGCUACCACUUUGCAUCUCUGCUGAAUAAAAAGAUCUGGAAAAAGUGAGAUGAAA